AUUAUUUGAUUAUUUCUAACUCUGAAUAUUUGCAAUUUUUGUAGUGUCAUUCGACAUUGAUCAUGGAUGCCGGUGAUCAUGAUACAUCCAUAGAUCAUGAUUUUUUUCUCCAAGGACUCACAGGGGACUACGGCCCCUUUGAUACUAGUGCUGCAGGUGAUGAUGGACCCGACGGUGAACCUCCGGUUGGUUCACAUCCAGAUCCAGGUGAUGCAGCAGGAGUGCCAUCGUCAGGCUCUACAAGUGCGCACACAUUAGCAAGCAGCGGGUCUAAAAGAUCAAGAGCCGGUACUUCCGAUGUUUGGCAAGACUUUGAAAGGAUCUACAAAGAGAAAGAUGGGGUAAGUGUCAGAUAUGCUAAGUGUUAUAUUUGUAAAAAUGAAUUAUCUGCAAAGCCCUCGGGUGGAACGGGGCACUUGAAGAGGCACGCCAUAAGUUGCAAGCGAAAGAGUGGAGCAGCCAUGAAGCAGACGGUGUUGCAGUACAACCCCGACGGCUCUGUUCAUCAUUGGGAGUACGACUCUGCCAAUGCUCGAAAAGAGCUAUGUCGCUUCAUUGCAAGAGCGGAUCUACCACUCAAUAUCGGUUCUUCAUCAAGAAGUUCAGACUCUUCGCCACGAUCGUCUACGGGCACCGGAAUUCCAACAUCCGGAGGGGAGCUAACUACCUUCAUCGACAGUGACGUUAUCAGCCACGAACAAGAAAACUUCAACAUACUGCAAUGGUGGCAUGAGCACAAGACGAAUUAUCCAGUUCUUUCACUGUUAGCGCGAGAUUUGUUAACGGUUCCUGUAUCUACAGUUUCUUCUGAGGCUGCCUUCAGUCUUACAGGAAGGAUAAUCGAAGAGAGAAGAACAAAUCUGUCAAGUGAGAUGGUUGAAAUACUCACCAUAGUAAAGGAUUGGGAACAAGCUGAAGCACGAAUGCAACACACUGCAGAAAAUACUGAGCUUGAAGAAUCAUUCCAAAAUUUGUAUCUAGAUGCUGAUGAGAACGUGUAAUUUUAAAUUUUCUGAGCUAGGUUGUACUCUUUUUUCCUUUGCUAGAAAGGUUUUUAAUGAGGCAACCUAUCAAUAAAGCUCAUUUUUAGAAUUAAUCAUGUGCCCCUAUUAUUUCUAAGUUUUUUUAUUCA